UUCUCUUAGAAAUUUAAUUUUUCGAGAAAAUAAUUUGACCGGUCAAAUCCCUGCAUCAAUUGGAAGCCUGGCCAAUCUAACUCGACUGGACCUUGCCGACAAUAAAUUAUUUGGUUCAUUGCCUUUUGAAUUCAAUAAGUUAACACGGUUGACACAUUUGCUGCUAUAUCAUAAUGAACUAGAGGGGGAACUACCAGAAGAUGUCUGUAUUGGGAGAUCAUUGCAAUAUUUCUCCAUCUCCAAUAAUCAUUUCACGGGUCCCAUCCCCACGAGCCUAGAGAACUGUAGCACAUUAAUCAGAUUGAGGCUUAAUGGAAACCAACUUACUGGAAACAUAGCAGAUGCUUUCGGAAUAUAUCCGCAUCUAUAUUUUAUGGACUUGAGCCAUAAUCAUUUGAGAGGCGAACUUUCGUGGAAAUGGGAGCAUUGUCGUAAUUUGACGAGCUUAAGGAUAUCAAACAACGACCUCUCUGGUGAGAUACCUGCAAUAUUUGGAAGGAUGGGUCAAUUACAGUUACUGGACCUUUCUUCAAAUACUUUAAGUGGAGAGAUUCCGAGGGAAAUGGGAAGCCUAUCCAUGUUGUUCGAGCUCGACCUAAGCAGCAAUGCGAUCAUGGGAAAUGUCUCGACUGAGAUUGGACUUUUAUCCCAUCUGGCACAUCUAAACUUAGCAUCAAACAAUUUGAGUGGAUCGAUACCGGUGCAACUAGGCUCAUGCAAAAGCUUGUUGACCUUGAACUUGAGCAGGAACAAAUUUUGGAGAAGCAUUCCUCCUGAGAUAGGCAACACACAAGUCCUCGAGGUUCUUGAUCUGAGUUAUAAUAUUUUGUCAAAAAAUAUACCAGGAGAGCUUGCAAUAUUGAGAAACUUGCAAGUUCUAAAUAUCUCCCACAAUAGCCUGUCUGGUUCCAUCCCCCAUACUUUUGGUGAUAUGUUGGCCUUGACUUCUAUUGAUGUAUCCUACAAUGACCUAGAAGGUCCUCUCCCUAAUGUCAAAGCUUUCAAUGAGGCUCCAUUUGAGUCAAUUCAGCAUAACAAAGGGCUUUGUGGAAAUGUUGUUGGUUUACCGAGCUGCAAUUCUACCGGAAGCAUGAAACGUGAUCAGCAUACUGGAGCUAGAAUCACAGUUAUCCUUAUUAUCUCGUUCUCAGGGUUUCUCUUUCUCUCUUGCACCUUGAUUGUUCUUGUCAUCGUCAAUCAUCGUCAAAGAAGGAUUAUGAAGAGAGAGAAUAAUGAACAGGCAAAUGAUUUGGAUUUCAUGAGUAUUUUGAGUUAUGAUGGAAAAGUUUUCUAUGAUCGAAUCAUUGAGGCCACGGAAGGAUUUGACUCCAAGUACUAUGUGGGUGAAGGAGCAUAUGGAAUUGUUUAUAAAGCCGAGAUAUCUGAAGGUCAAACUUUUGCUAUCAAGAAAAUUUUGUCAUCCCAGGAAGAUACUGAGAUCGUUGAUUUGAUACCAUUUGAGAGGGAAAUUCAAGCCUUGACAAAUAUACGCCAUCGCAACAUCGUGAAAUUUUAUGGCUUCUGCUCUCAUGCCCAACGUUGUUUUUUGGUGUAUGAGUAUAUGGAAAGAGGAAGCUUGAGAACAAUUUUGAAUGAUGAUCAGAGAGCAAGAGAAUUUCAAUGGGACAAGAGGAUAAAUGUGGUCCGGGGAGUUGCGGAUGCAUUGUCCUAUAUGCAUCACGAAUGUUCUCAUCCGUUGAUUCAUCGAGACUUGACUAGUAACAACAUUCUAUUGGAUCGUGAUUAUAAGGCUCAUGUUUCCGAUUUUGGCACUGCAAGACUGUUGAGGCCAGAUUCGUCAAACUGGACGGCUAUUGCUGGUACCAUCGGGUAUAUUGCUCCAGAGCUGGCUUAUUCUAUAGUUCCUACCGAAAAAUGCGAUGUGUAUAGCUUUGGAGUCGUCGCUUUAGAGACAAUCAUGGGAAAGCAUCCAGGAGAUCAUGUCUCUCGAGAAUGUUCAUCGCCCGCCCAAACUAAGUCGAUGAUGUUGAAUGAUGUGUUGGAUCAACGUCUCUCGCCUUCUAGACUUGGCCUUCAAGAUGCGCGGGACGUGGUCUUGAUCGCCAAGCUAGCUUUCAAGUGCUUGCAAGCUGAUUCGAGGCUUCGACCGACCAUGGGACAAGUCUCACGUGAGCUUUGCUUUCAAGUACCCCUGGAUAUGCCACUUUCUGCUGUCAGCUUAAACCAACUACGCGAUCUUAAUUAAAAAAAAUUAGGAGCAUUUCAGGAGAUGAGCUAGCUUCUCUAUGAACAUUACAAGAAUAGUGUGAUGUUUAGAGUUUGGAGUUGCGGUGCCAGAAAGAAUUAUGGGAAGACUUCUAGGAAGAUCCCAUUUCACAAUUAUUUCCAUCCUUUUGCAGAGUGAUCAGGAAGUGAAUUUGCAAAAUGCACUAGAUCAACAUCUCUUGCCUUCUCUGAUUGAGAUGUAAAGAACAUGUAGUUUCUAUUGCUGUAAGCGAUAAUGGUGCUAGCAAUAUGUAAACUUUUAUUGAUGUGCAAUGUCGUAUUUGAACUUUCAAUUGAUUCAAUUAAAUCAAUUUUGAGUAAUGUGCGCUAUCGUCCCGAAACUUUCAGUUGGUCCAAUUAAAUCCCUAAU